AUGGACCCCGGGGUCAUCGGGCGGAGCCUCCGGGCGCCUCCGCCACCGGCACCGCCUCCGCUGCUGCCGCUGCUGCCGCUGCUUCUAUUGCUGUUGCUGCAGGUGGCCUGUCCAGUCUCUGCCUUUUCGGAAAACCUGCUGACCGCCCCGGGGGUGAUGGGGACCAGUCCGGUCCCCGCCAGCCCCGGGAGCGUGGUGGCCCCGGGAACAACCCCCUUCGAGGAGAGCCGGCUGCCGGUGUUUACCCUGGAUUAUCCCCAUGUGCAGAUUCCCUUCGAGAUUACCCUCUGGAUACUGCUGGCUUCCUUGGCAAAGAUCGGCUUUCACCUCUAUCACAAGUUGCCUACAAUAGUGCCUGAAAGCUGUCUUCUUAUCAUGGUUGGACUUCUACUAGGUGGGAUUAUAUUUGGAGUAGAUGAAAAGUCUCCACCUGCAAUGAAGACAGAUGUAUUUUUCUUAUAUCUCCUUCCACCCAUUGUUCUUGAUGCAGGAUAUUUUAUGCCAACCCGUCCUUUCUUUGAGAACAUUGGCACCAUAUUCUGGUAUGCUGUUGUAGGGACCCUUUGGAAUUCUAUUGGCAUUGGGAUCUCUCUGUUUGGCAUCUGCCAGAUUGAAGCUUUUGGCUUGACUGACAUCACUUUGCUACAGAGCCUGCUUUUUGGCAGCUUGAUUUCAGCUGUGGAUCCCGUGGCUGUGCUUGCUGUCUUUGAAAACAUUCAUGUCAAUGAACAACUUUACAUCCUGGUAUUUGGAGAGUCACUGUUGAAUGAUGCUGUGACAGUGGUGCUGUACAAUUUGUUUAAGUCCUUUUGCCAGAUGAAAACAAUUGAGACCAUUGAUGUGUUUGCUGGAAUCGCUAACUUCUUUGUGGUGGGAAUCGGGGGGAUAGUGAUUGGAAUCUUGCUGGGCUUUAUAGCAGCAUUUACCACCCGUUUCACCCACAAUAUCCGAGUGAUUGAGCCACUCUUUGUCUUCCUAUACAGCUACUUAUCAUACAUCACAGCAGAAAUGUUUCACCUCUCAGGCAUCAUGGCGAUCACAGCUUGUGCUAUGACCAUGAAUAAAUAUGUGGAAGAAAAUGUAUCUCAAAAAUCCUAUACAACCAUCAAGUACUUCAUGAAGAUGCUGAGCAGUGUCAGUGAGACCUUGAUCUUCAUCUUCAUGGGAGUGUCAACAGUUGGAAAAAACCAUGAGUGGAACUGGGCCUUUGUCUGCUUCACCCUGAUCUUUUGCCUCAUCUGGCGUGCCCUAGGUGUCUUUGUUUUGACUCAGAUCAUUAACUGGUUCCGGACAAUACCUCUGACUUUUAAGGAUCAGUUCAUCAUUGCCUAUGGAGGAUUACGAGGAGCCAUCUGUUUUGCUUUGGUCUUCCUUCUUCCUGCUGCAGUGUUUCCCAGAAAGAAACUGUUUAUUACAGCUGCCAUUGUGGUCAUAUUCUUCACAGUCUUCAUUCAGGGAAUAACUAUUCGGCCACUAGUAGAGUUCCUUGAUGUGAAGAGGUCAAAUAAAAAGCAGCCAGCUGUCAGUGAAGAAAUUCAUUGCCGGUUUUUUGAUCAUGUGAAGACUGGGAUUGAAGAUGUAUGUGGACAUUGGGGUCACAAUUUUUGGAGAGAUAGGUUCAAAAAAUUUGAUGAUAAAUACCUGAGGAAGCUUCUAAUUAGGGAAAACCAACCCAAGUCGAGCAUCGUUUCAUUAUAUAAGAAGCUGGAAAUAAAGCAUGCCAUAGAGAUGGCAGAGACUGGGAUGAUAAGCACAGUGCCAUCUAUUGCUUCACUAAAUGAUUAUCGUGAGGAAAAAAUAAGAAAGCUGACCCCUGGUGAAAUGGAUGAGAUACGACAAAUAUUGUCAAGGAAUCUCUAUCAAAUACGACAGCGUACUCUGUCCUAUAAUAGACACAACCUGACUACAGAUACAAGUGAAAGGCAAGCCAAAGAGAUUCUGAUCCGACGUCGGCAUAGCUUGAGAGAAAGCAUAAGGAAAGACAACAGCUUGAACUGGGAUAGAAGGGCAUCUACUUCAACGUCCCGGUAUUUGUCACUACCGAAGAACACUAAACUUCCAGAGAUGUUAAAAAGGAGACAUAACGUGUCUAAUGCAGAUGGCAAUAGCAGUGACUCUGAUCCAGAUAAUGGGACCACAGUGCUCAAUUUGCAACCAAGGGCAAGGCGUUAUUUGAUGGACCAGCAUCAGAAGGCCCAUCAGCAAUACCGCAUGGAAUGGAGAAAUGAAGUGCAUGGAGAUGCCAGCAGAGGGCAGCCCUCCAUCACCUCAGCUGCCCCCAGCUCAGCAGUCCAAGCACAGACGACAGGUGUGCUACGGCAGCCUUUGCUCUCUAAAGCCAAAUUUGGCACCAUGAGAGAAGAAGGUUUGACUGAAGGCAAAAGACCAGUGCCUCCCCCCAGGCUAGUCAGGCGGGCCUCAGAGCCUGGAAACCAGAAACACAGAUAUGGAAGUGAUAACCCUUAGUGGAAACAGCCAAAACAGGACUGUGGUAACUCGCCUAACACAUCUGUAGCUUAUUAUCCUGAAAUCUGACAGAACAAUUGAA